AUCAUUCGGCACCUUUCAAGGUGCGGAAGACGCAAAGGGCAGCACCAUGCCUGAGAAUAGAUAUUCAAGAUAUGCUUUGGCUGCCCUUGCGUUUGCUAUGUGCGGUGCUCUUGCAUUGGUGUUAUCAUUUGGGUCUGGUCGUAACUCGACUGUCUUGGAUUCAUUGGGCGUUUUCAGCCCGAAGGAGAAGGUUGUACAAUUCUCCCUCAAGCGGGCAAGGACGGACUUAGAUCCUGGUUCCCUCCAAGGCUUGAUCGCUGCUGCUGAUGGGGGGAGCAUGCACUCGAGCUGGCAAGACAGGCCGCGUCAUCAAUCGAGGGAUAGGACCUUCGACUCGCUUACAAGGCUGCAGGAGCAGGAGACAACGCAGUCUGACAGGAAGGCGUCUGACUCACAGGCGCCGAUCUUGAGAAAUGCCCUUGGGAAGACGCUUGCGAAGUAUUUCACCACUGUGAGAUCUGUCAAGGAUGAUCAGGGAACUUUCAUCGCCUAAUUCACAGACAUCAAAGCUUUUGCGUGAACAUUUUUGCUUGUAACUUAAAUUAUUGUGCAAGAAACUUUUUCAGUGAGCCUCCG